CUCACAAACAGUACAAUUAGAUUUGGUACAGGGUUUUGGCGCGUAAAUUACAAUUUUUUCGGGUUCAUGCGUUCCAACCCCUGAGCAGGACUUUUGGAUACAAAAUCUAACCGAUAAACUGUAGUUUGUUCUUACCACAGUGUACAGCAAUAAUGUGUAAAGUUGGACUUUGUCAUCAUAUUCACAGAAAUAUAUGUUUGUGCUUGGCAAUAUACACCUUAGUCGGUUCUCGUGUACCAUGUGUCCACUGUAAUAUAUCUCAUUUCUCGCCUAACGAUCAUCUAAAACUUCUGUUUUCAUCGCUUUCAAAUGGUAGUCAGCACAUGGAUAAAGACGGCUUGUCACGUUUGCUCAAAAAUUUACAUAUUUUUAACCCUGGAUUACAUUCGGACGAACAUGAGUCUAAAGAGAACAAGUGUUUAACAACACAAGAAAUGCUUGAUUUCUUUUCUGUUAAUCAAUCCCACUUGAAUCAAAAACAAUUUGAGACAUUACUGCCUACUAUAGUUUAUGAAUUAAAUAGUGGAGUGUGCAAACACAAGCAUGAAGAUGAAGCGGCUCAUUCCACAAACACAUUCGACUGGAAAGCUUUUCUAGCUGCCUCCGGUGCUGUUUUGUUGGUGAGUGCCUCAGGUUUAGUCGUUGUCUGUUUAGUCCCAAUGAUGUCAAGAAGUUUCUACAAUGUUGUAACUCAAUUUCUUAUUGCACUUGCGGUUGGCUCACUUGCUGGAGAUGCUUUCCUUCAUUUAAUACCUCAUGCGUUUUCUUCUAACGGUCAUCAUCACAAUCAUCAUGAUGAACAUGGGCAUGAUAGUCAUAAUCAUAAUGAUUAUGAGUCUGUAUCAUUAACAGAAAUAAAUCCACACAGGAAAAUGAUUUUAGAAGCCCUUAUAGCUCUACUAGGUAUAUAUAUCUUCUUUUUAACUGAACGCUUGACUAUUAUCUGUCAGAAUCGGAUGUCCAGAAGAAAGUUGAAACGUCAACGAUCAAACGGUCCGUUGAACUUUUUGGAUUUCAAUGAAGGAAAAGAUGUUGAUCAUAAGAAUGGAAAUCAUUUAACUGGCCCGGACUCCACUCAUCUAGCAAUUGAUGAUAUUGGCAAUUUGAAGGAUUACAAACAAAUUGAAAAUAAUUCAAGUGGUGAUAAUCCCAUGCUAAGUAGAGCGGUUAAUCAGGAAUUGGGAAAUUCAAAUGGUUUUCAUAUCAGUGCACCAGAUGGGAGUGGUUAUGAUGGUUGUAGUGGGGGUGGCGCCGGCGGCGGCAUUGUUGGUGGUGGUGCUUCGCCAGCUGCACCGAAUGAAGGACAGUUAUGUAAUCGUCCUCCUGACAGACCAAUGGACAAUAAUCGUUGUGUGGAUUACCUUAACGACAAACAAUUACACUCUUCAGAUGCAGGGAAUCAACCGAGUUGGUCGUUCAAUGCUAAUGCUAAUGCAUUCCAGUCAUCUCAAAAUGGUAAUGAGAAAUUGGACAAACUACAACAACAACAACAACAGUCUGUUAAUGGCACAGAUGGUAUUGUGCCAUUUGCAGAUUUAAGAAAAUCUUCUAUAAACAACGUGAACAAUAGAAUGUCUGGUUCUGGUGGUGAAAUACAAGACAUGAGAAAUAAUAAUAAUGAUAAACAGCUGGCUGCUUUAGAACUUUCCAAUCAUAUGCUUAAUACACAAGGUCAAAAUGAUUUAUCCAACGGUGGUGGUGGUGGUGUUGGUAUACUGAAGAAGAAUUCCUCGUUCAGUUAUCUUGGCAGUGCUGAACAAAGUCAUACACAUCCACAUCGAGAUAAACCUCAUGGACAUCAUCAUGGGCAUAGUCAUGAUUUAAGCUCUGUACGUGCUAUUGCUUAUACUAUAAUUGCUGGCGAUGGAUUACACAAUUUCUGUGAUGGUAUAGCUAUUGGUGCAGCGUUCGCCAAUGAUAUUCGCGGGGGGCUGUCAACAUCGAUAGCGGUAUUGUGUCAUGAGUUACCGCAUGAAUUAGGCGAUUUCGCUGUUCUGUUACACGCUGGAAUGUCUGUAAAAUCUGCCCUUUUCUACAAUUUAUUAUCAAGUGUAUUAUGCGCUGGUGGAAUGAUUCUGGGCUUUCUACUCGGUGGAUUACACUCACUCGACACAUGGAUAUUUAUGUUAGCCGCGGGGAUGUUUGUUUAUAUUGCACUAGUUGAUAUGAUGCCUGAACUAUCAGCUAAUCAAUUGAAAGGUGAUCGACGAUGUCAUCAACCGAGUGUUUUAUUGUUAUGGCAAAAUCUUGGCAUCCUAUUAGGCUUUUGUAUUAUGCUAUUAAUAGCAUUUUAUGAAGAUAAAUUGGUAUCGCAUUAAAGCUAAUAUACAACACACACUCACAUAUAUAUACAUAUAUAAAUAUGUACUCUAUUUGCACAUACCAAUAAAACCCAUCCGUUUAUUUCCGUCCCCCCCCGUCCUCUUUCUGUCUCUCUGUCUACUCUCUCUUCCCCUAUCUUCCUCUUUGUGUCUAGUGUAUCAUUGUCUAAUGAAAGAAUGUGUGAAGUGUUCUCAUUUUGUCUUCCAUUUACUUCAUUUUUUACCCUUUCUGUGUUCUGUUCUGUUGUAUUCUGUUUAGUGUUGUUGUUUUUGUUGUUCCCUUGAUUUGAUUUGGCUAUUCUUCAACUAAAUUUCUACGCUGAUAUCCUACUUUAAUAUAGAAUGAUAAACAGCAGAAUAAGGGGAGGAGUGAUAUUCAUGUUGUUUGUUUUAUCGAACUACCAUUAUUAUUAUUUCUUUGCAUAGUGUUCGUUUUUCUCAACUGUUCGUUUUAAAAAACGCUUCUUCUUCGUCUUCUUGUUUCUUCCGGUAUUUUGUUGUUGAGAUUCGAACGCUCAUUCACGCACACACAAUUUUUUUGUCACAAUUUUUUAAAUGGGAUUUCGUCCAUAUUUGUCUGUUUUUGUUGCCUGACAGCCUUGGUUAGUUGGUCGAUUAGUCAGUCGGUUGGUCAGUGUGUUGGUUAUUCGUCACCGGUGUAGUAUGAGUUUUCUUAAACUUUGGUGUUUUGCAUGCUUUUCCGGUUCUUUUUCCAUUAUUAUUAUUACUAUUGUUAUUAUUACUGUUAUUCGCUAUUGUCUGUGAAUAUAUAUGUCUAUAGACACACACAAACACAUACAAACAAAGAAUGAUUUAUUGUCAAUAUGAGCAGUAAUCUAAGUAAUCUAUAUCUCUGUUACAUAAUACUCUUCCUUCUAUGUGUGUGUAUAAUUAUUGCCCGCUACUACUAUCAAAGCCUGUUGACAAGUUAAUACAUACUUGCUAUGCCAGGUAGUAGCAGUAGUAGUAGUUCUUCUUUUCUGUUAAAUUCCCUCUUUGAUCUGUUCUCACCUUAGCCGCCUUAACUUCAAAUUGUGCAUAUAUAUAUAUAUGUACUUGUGUAUGUAUGUGUUCUGUGUUACCACUUUGUGUCGUUGAUUUUUUGCUUAACUCUUUGUGUGCGUGCGUGCGUGUUUACGUGUGUGUGUGUGCCUGUCGGUGUUGAUGAUGCUGAUGAUAUCCUAUCCCGAUGUCGACUGUUCCCUAUGUGUCUUACUGUUUCCUUUUGUAGGCAUGUGUGUUCGUGCGUGCGUGUGCGUGUAUGUAUUUGUAAAUUACCUCCCUGUUUCUCCUCCAAACCCCCCCCCUCUGCACCCCACCCCACCCUUGUUAUCAUUUUCUUUGUGAGUAUCAGUUAUAUAUAUAGAAUACACUUAUUUGUGGUGGUAUAAUUAAUUUAUAGAAAGUAACUGUUACUGUUUGUUGAGAUUACUGUUCUCCCCCUCUCUCUCUCUCUACCUACCUACCUACCUGUAGUCUGUUUUGUACUUCUUCUUCUUCCGAUUAUCAUACAUGCACACACACAAUGACUCACUCGUACUCACAGGUAUUCGUAAUUAAAGAAGAACCGUUUGAAUGCGAAGAUAACGAACGCUAAAGCUAACCAAAAACAAACCAACAAACAAACAUAUUAUCACAUAUCUUAGAUUAUUAUUAUUAUUGUUACUAUUAUUAUUAUUAUUACUAUUAUGAUUAUUUACUUUAUCAUCACCAAAUAAAAAUGAAUAAGACUGAUGCUUCUUGUUCUGAUAGUUGAUUCCUUUUUUUU